UAGGUUCAAAUUUAUAUGGAGAAUAAUGACGAAAAACAAACGCAUUAUGGUACUUAGAUGGCCAUAAAUUAUCCAUUCGUCAUUUGUUAAUCAUCUCCAUUGGAAAUUAAAGAAAAAAAAUAAUGAUUCACAAUUCUAAAUACCUUAAUCUUACGAAUUAAUGUAAAUUUACAAUGAACGAGGGGUGUCUCUAGGGAAUUUCAAAAUUGAAAUAAUCGUCGUUGGUGCGCCAGCGGGAUUGAUUUGUGAUUUUUUUUUUCUCGGUAUCGAUAUCGGUCGCCGCCCGACGUCUUUCUUGGUGCCCAUGGAGCUCUUCCGGAGGGGGGGUGUCGGGUUACCGGGUCGCAAUUGCGGGGCGUGUGUGUCACCAGUCGUUUGGUGACACUUGACGAAUAGUGAAGUUUUUGGGUGUGGUUUUAAUAUUUUUGUGAGGAUUUUUUUUCAAUUUGUGGAGAAUGCCUCAUCGUGGGAUGCAAUGCAGGGCGUCCCGAUCUUCAAAUGGGGAUGAGCUUAUUUCCACCGGCGGUGUUUUCAUCGGAUCGUAUUCGCGGUGUCUAAGGCUGAGGGAAUCCUCCUGGUUCUUCUGGUGCGGCCAUCGCAGUCACCUUCCCUGCUCGCCUCCAGUUCGGUUUCCGGAGUCAACUGCUGCCAAAUUAGAUGAUGCCUCUUCUUUAUUUAUGCGCGGAACUCGUUGGGAGGGUGGUGUUGGCCCGGACACCCCGAGAGCGCGGUGGGUCGGCGCUCUGAGGCGCGAGGCGCAUGGCCUGGAGGCCGAGGGCGAGCAGAUGCUAUACGACGUGGAGGGCGCCUGGGCGCUCAGGACCCUCUUCGGGGAGGAGCUCGCCCAGCACGACCUGACCCAGGAGGAUUGCGACCUAGAGCAGUGGAACUGACGCCCCUCCUUCACCCCCCCCUUAAGCUUAGAUUUAUACAAAAUAAAUAAAUUAAUGUAUUAUCAAUUUUGAGUUUUUUUAACCAAAAAAAAAUUUUUUUCUCAUUGUCAAAUUUUUUUUGUUGGAGAUCCAGCUAAACACAGUCUUCCCUCCCCCCGCGCUCGCCAAACCUCUGACCGCUCGACCCUUGGCCAAAACAACCCGCUGUUGCCAGGGGGUCGUUUGGCAUUUGUGCCUAUUUGAGGCGCCACUUUCCGGAGAGAUCAACCCCGGAAACACGC